UAACAAAAUAACGGGAGAGCAGAGAGUGAGUGAGAGGGACACGGAGGUAGCAGUCAGCAACAUGUAGCCUCAGCCGAGUGGAGGAAAGAUCGAAACUGUGCGCGCGACUCUCCGCCUUUUUACCCCCCUUUAUUUUUCCCUUUUUUUGAAAAAUUUGAAAUAUCUCCGAGGGCAUGGAGUGAUGUUUGCGUGCCAUCCCGGGGACAUUAUCCCGCAACGUUAGAAUCGAUCAGGCUGUAUGCCGCAGGAAAUGUCCAGUGGAGGGAUGGACGGAUGGAUUGUGGUGCACGGAGAGAAGACGCGGAGAGCAAGAAGAGAAGAGGGAGAAGAAGAAGAGUGCGGGGCUCCUGAGAACAGGUCUCCUCUUCUCAUCAGGUGAAGCACUCUGAGCCUCCGACCCCCCUCCCCCUCCCCUGUCCCUGCCUCCCCCUCCCCGAGAGACGUCACCCGCUGCACCGGAUUCCCCAGCUCCCCACCCCGGCCUCACCUGACAAACCCCCCAUCCGACAGCUGCCACUGGCCCUCCCUUUACCCCAUGGUGGCCCCAAGGCCCGCCCUCUCACUGCUAUUGGCUGUCCUGGCCUGCACGGGGCCCGCGCGCCCCUCGCCCCCCCUGCUCCUCCGGCCCCGGGAGAGAGAGAGGGACUCGGGUGGCGUCAACAUCGCCGUGGUCCACUCGGGCUCCUCCCUGCUCCCGGAGACGGCGGUGGUGGGAGGUGCGGGGGUCAGCGAGCCGGGGCAGGGGUCCGGUCUGGGAAACGGCCCGGGAGGCGGCGGUGGUGGUGGAGGAGGAGGAGGAGGAGGAGUUGGAGGAGGAGGAGGAGGAGGAGGAAGGGGAGUAACGGACACAGCUUCGUUAGCGGGAGUGGCUGCCAUGGCGUCUUUUUCCUCCGCCUCCUCCUCCGCCUCCUCCUUGUCGUACCUGUCGCUGGCGGCGCUGGUGGGGGAGACGGUGAUGACGCCAUCGGGUCAGGCCAACGUCAUCUACCUGGCCGUGAACGAGAGCAGCCCGGGGACUCUGCUGCUGCAGCUGUGUGAGCUGCUGGCCACCACACCACUGCAGGGUCUGGUGUUUGAGGAGGAGAGGCCGCCGCCGCCGAACCGGGCCCCUCUGGCCCCGAUGCUGGAGUUCGUCUCGGCCCAGACGGGGGUCCCGGUGGUCGCCGUCGGGGGAGGGGCCAGCCUGGGACGAGAGCCGCAGGAGAGCGGCUCGAUCUACCUCCAGUUCACCUGCUCCACCUCGCUGCAGCUCGAGGUCAUCUUCGAGGUGCUCGAAGAGUACGACUGGACCUCCUUCUCCGUCGUCACCACCCGUUACCACGGCUACGAGGACUUCCUGGCCAUGGUGGAGGGCAUGACAGACGGCUCUUUUAUCGGCUGGGAAAAGAAGAGCGUGGUGAUUCUCAACGUGACGGACGACCCCGGCGGGGCCAGAGCCAAGCGAAUGCUCAAAGACAACGAAGCCCAGGUGCGCCUCCUGUACUGCUCUCUGGAGGAGGCCGAGGUGGUUUUCCGGGCGGCCUGGGCGGCGGGUCAGGCGGGGCCCAGUCACAUGUGGUUCGCCGUGGGGCCGGCUCUGUCCGGGCUGGGUCUGGAGGGGCUGCCCAAGGCCUUGUUCGCCAUUCGGCCUCAGGGGUGGAGGGACGAGCCGCGCAGGCGUAUUGCCAAGGGUGUGUCGGUGCUCACCCACGGGGCCAUGGCUCUGCGGAGGGACCAGGGGCCCACCAGCAGGGCGCAGUACGCCGGCAACUGCCAGAGCGACGGCAACCAGACCCACCGAGUGCCAGACAGAAUCAGGUACUUCACCAACAUAUCCAUCGGCGGACGGGACUAUUCCUUCAACAGUGACGGGUACCUGUCCAAGCCGCUGCUGGAUGUCAUCUCCUACACCAACGGGAGAGGCUGGGAGGAGGUCGGCUGGUGGGAGAACGGACACCUGCGCCUACGUUACCAUCCCUGGUCUCGCUACGGCUCUUUCCUGAAGCCCCUGGACGACUCCCAGCACCUCCGAGUGGUCACCCUGGAGGAGAGGCCCUUUGUCAUCGUGGAACCUGCCGACCCCGGCACCAGCUCCUGCAUCCGGGACUCCGUGCCCUGUCGCAUGCCCAUCAACUCCAGUUUGGUGGUGGAGGGCGUGCCGCCCAUGAAGCACUGCUGCAAAGGGUUCUGCAUCGAUGUCCUGAAGCGCCUGGCAAAGAUCGUGGGCUUCACCUACGACCUUUACCUGGUGACCAACGGCAGGCAUGGGAAGAACAUCGAUGGGGAGUGGAACGGCAUGGUCGGAGAGGUGGUGUCCAACAGAGCCGACAUGGCGAUCGGAUCUCUCACCAUCAACGAGGAGAGGUCAGAGGUUGUGGAGUUUUCCGUUCCGUUCGUGGAGACGGGCAUCAGCGUCAUGGUCUCUCGCAGCAACGGCACCGUCUCGCCUUCCGCUUUCCUCGAGCCCUACAGCCCAGCGGUGUGGGUGAUGAUGUUUGUGAUGUGCCUGUCGGUGGUGGCUGUCACCGUCUUCAUCUUUGAGUUCUUCAGCCCCGUGGGAUACAACCGCAGCCUGCAGAGCGCCAAGAAGUCAGGUGGAUCUAAGUUCACCAUAGGGAAGUCUGUGUGGCUGCUGUGGGCGCUGGUCUUCAACAACUCGGUGCCCGUGGAGAAUCCCAGAGGAACCACCAGCAAGAUCAUGGUGCUGGUGUGGGCCUUCUUCGCUGUCAUAUUCCUGGCCUCCUACACUGCCAACCUGGCUGCCUUCAUGAUCCAGGAGGAGUACAUCGACACCGUGUCAGGCCUGUCAGAUAAGAAGUUCCAGCAGCCCACCGAGCAGUACCCUCCGCUGCGCUUCGGCACGGUGCCCAACGGCAGCACCGAGGAGAACAUCCGCUCCAACUACCCCAACAUGCACCAGUACAUGAUCCGCAACAACCAGAAGGGCGUGGAGGAGGCCAUCGACAACCUCAAGACGGGAAAACUGGAUGCCUUCAUUUACGAUGCUGCAGUGCUGAACUACAUGGCCAGGAAGGACGAGGGCUGCAAGGUGAUGACAAUCGGCUCUGGUAAAGUGUUUGCCACCACGGGCUACGGCAUCGCCCUGCACAAGAACUCCCGCUGGAAACGUCCGCUGGACCUGGCUCUGCUGCAGCUGGUCGGAGACGAUGAGAUUGACAUGUUGGAGCGCCUCUGGUUGUCAGGCAUCUGUCACAAUGAUAAGAUUGAGGUGAUGAGCAGUAAGCUGGACAUUGACAACAUGGCGGGGGUUUUCUACAUGCUGCUGGUGGCCAUGGGCCUCAGCCUCCUGGUUUUCGCCUGGGAGCAUCUGGUCUACUGGAAGCUGCGGCACUGUGUGAAGAAAUCUGGCGGGAUGGACUUUCUCCUGGCUCUCAGCAGGGGGAUGUACAGUUGCUGCCAGUUUGAAGAUGAGACGACGCCAGGAGGGAGCUCUUUACCCCAGUACCACACCGUGGCCACCAUGCCCACCGCAGCCCAGCAGCACCUUGUCACAGCCACAGUCAACAACACGACCGCCAUUGCCAUGGUUCAGCAGCAGCAGCAGCAGAAGCACCACCAACAGCAAACGGGGCAGACCUAUACCACGAUGCUACCCGGAUCGCCGCCAACUACAGGACAUUCCGCGAUGGCUUUGGGUCCAUCAAAUAGUCCCUUACUGGAAGGCCCCAUGCCUUGCUCCACCUUCUUGCCUCGCCACGACCGCAGACUGGCUGUGGUUGAUCGCUGGAACAGGCCCAAGCCAGAGAAAGUCAUCAGUGCAGGCAGCAGUGGAGGAGUAGGUGUUGGCGGGAUAGCUGGAGGGAUUACUGAACUACAGGCCCAGCAGCAGUACCAGCAGAACUUUGGGCAGCAUUGGAGUCUGCAAGGAGGAGUUGCAGGCGGAGCAGGUGGAGGAGGUGACACAGGGCUAGAUGAAUAUAAGCGCUAUUAUGGUCCUAUAGAUCCAGAGGGGCUAGGAGCUAACUCGGACCAACAGCCUGGAGGCCCCCAACAGACUCCCAAAGCCAAUCCUCGAGGCUCCAAAGCCUCAGGGAUGCCGCGGCCGCCUCCAAAAGGCCCCCAACCAGGCCCAGGGCACUUAAUCCCCAAGCCUCCUCCACCAAUCCCAUCAUCCCCACGAAGGCCUCCCUUCUGGCGACGAGGAAGCCUAGCUCAGGCAAGGAGAAAGGGAUCAGGAGGUCCCCUGUAUGAGAACAUACUCCCUCUGGGCAGGCGAGGAGGUGGGAGGUAUGGAGCAGGUGAUGGAGGUGGAAGGAGAGGACGUCGUCCCCCUCCACCUCCUCCUCUUCCGGUCCCCCUGUCCUCUCCAACGCACACCCCUACCACUCCCUCCUCCCCAUGCCGUUUCUACUCUACUUGCUCCAGUGCCUCGUCUUCUUCCUCUUCCUCCACAUCCUCCUCGUCCUCCUCGUCAUCGUCUGUGUCGCUCUCUCGGUCUAAUUCCCAGUCCUCUUGCUCCAGUGACAGCUCCUAUAACUCCUCGUUGAGUUUCCGGUAUCGAGCGGGAGGCGACCGGGAUUUUACGGUGGAUGAUGACUAUGACUCAGACCUUCUUACAGAGGAGUCCAGCCUGCUCCUGGGAUCAAGGAGGAAGAUUCGCUCACGGCGCAUGUCAUCGCGCUCACUGCCGUGCAGCCCGCCGCCUCCGCCGAUCCCACCGCGCAAACCACGCCCACAGAGAGAUUACGGCAGGGAGCGGACAGGAAGCCAGCUGGCCCAGCUACAGGAGUGGUGGGCAUCGUGGGCCGACAGAGACCGAGGCAGGGGAGGGACCACGAGCCGAGGAGAUGGAGUGGUGGGUAAAGAUGAGAAGAGACACAACAAAGAGAGGGAGCGCGAGAGGAAGAGAAGGAAGAAGGGCCGGAAGAAGAAAAAGAGGGAGGAGAGGGAGAGGGAAAGAGAGCGAAAGCGGCGCAAGGCAAAGAAGAAGAGGAAGAAAGACGAUAAGUUGAGAAAGAGGGAGCGGAAGAGGUCCGAGCAGGAGGGAGGCGACCCCGAGAAAAGAGAGCCACUCAAAUCGGCGACGCCUGACUACCCGUCUUACCCGCCUCUGAGACGAGAGUCCUAUCGCAAAAAGAGUGAGAGCUCAAUCAGAAGCUACGGGUGGAACAUCCCAGGUGAUGAUGAGAGGAAGGAAAGGGGAGAAAAAGAGAGGGAUGAUGGAGAGGACGGCAGAGUAAAGGAAAGGCACGACAGACGAAGGAACAGCAAGCAUUAUCACGGCUCUAGUAGUAAACCUUCUACAUCUGUUAAGUUCUGGGGAGGGGGCAACCCAUCCUCUGACACCAUUCCAUCUGCCUUCCUGCCCUUGUUGCCUGUCUCCUCUAAAAGGAGGAAGAGUAAAAGCUCGGAUAGGGAGGCUGUGGGAAUGGACGGAGAGAGGAGGCCAUUGCUGGGACAGACCGAAAGAGGGGAGAUGCACUCCAAGGAGGGUUUGUCCUUCCACGAGUGGGAGUCCGAGGUAGAGGAUGAUGAAGAAGAAUCGGAACAGGAGAGGAGGAAAGCGGAGCACGGGAAAAGGCGCGGAGGAAGGACAAUGUCUGACGAGGAGCGUGAACGUGAUAAGGUAGUCGGGAUAUAUUCUGAUGACGACGGUUCCUCAGGAGAGUUCGGCAAGUUCGAGCGGUACUGGGAAGAUCACGAAGGAAGGGCAGUGGGGGGGAUCGGAGGGGGAGGUUGGUUUUUCAGCACCUAUCCGUCCAGGGACAAAGCGGGCAGCAUCAACAGCAGGGACGACCUGUUCCUGGAGCGAGGCGAGAGGUGGGGAACAGCAGAGAGCGGGUGGGGAUCCAGUGCAGCUGGAGCAGCUGGAGAUGGAAGAGAAAGGGGGUGGGGAUCCGGAUCGCAUUGGCCCCCGCCUCCUCUCACGCCUCCACCUCCCCGGCGGUACUGGUCCGUGGACAAGCUCCACAUACAGGACGAGAAAAAGAGCAAACGCAAGUCCAAGGACAAAGGAAGAGGGCACGCAGCAUGUUCCUCCUGUCACUCCCCCCGGCACCACUCCCACUCCCGGUCCUCGAAAUGGGCUCGCAUAACUUCACGAAGCCAGGAGGAGCUGUAUCACCACUGCCAGAGUUUUGGUGGUCCCUUAAAGGCGAAACAUGACUCCUCAUCCUCAUCCAAACCUGAUCGCUCACAGAAUCCAUCCAAGUCUGGAAGCCAGUCAAACCUCAGUAUACAGCAGAGGACACAGAGGACAGACAGGGAUCGAGAUCGAGGAAGACAGCCAUCCCCACCUCCGACCCUUAUACCCAACUUACCGCCCCCACUCCCUGCCCUUCCAGCUCCCCCCUCAUCAUCUCACUCGAUUCAUGCUCCCCCUACCUCCUCCUCUUCUGUAUCGUCCCCCUCUGUCGUCUCGUCCGCCCCGGGGGCACCACAGUCGUCCUCCAUGGCUUCGGCAAGUGCCAAACUGCAGUACCAGAGAUUGCGCUCUGUACCCCAACCCCAGAGGUUUCCUCAAUCCCCCCAUUUACCCCUCAAAGCCAAGAGCCUUUGCUCACGAAGGGGCUCAGCCCAUUUCUCCAGCGUGGAGAGCGAGGUCUGAACUUCAACAAGGUAUCAAAAGUCAUAAGGAAGCCUGGAUUCGGGACUUGAAUCUGCCCGGCAGCAAACACGGCUGCACAGCCAAGUCAGUUCAGUAUACGCACUGAGCCCUUUUCUUAAUGUUCUGCACAACAAACAAACAAAGAAACAAACCAGAAAGCCAAACUAACCCACGGGGGUAGGUCAAAGGACAAUGGGAGCGCUUCUUGCGUUGCUUCCUUUCGAUUCCUGUCAGUGUGUGAAAGACACCAACCACAGCAACAACAUGCAUUGUGAACUGAGUUAACCAAUACACUCGACGCAAAUCAGACAUCAAAAGUGGUGCAACAUGAAGGAGACUCCUUUGCUAUAGAAAGUAAAGGGCUUUGGAUGUUGCAGCAGAGCAGUAGUUUGUAUUCAGAGGAUUCUUAACGCUUACUGAGGGCUCAGGAACUUUGUAGUACUGUAUGCCUGCUGCUCUCAGAAGCCUUUAACACAGAACAGUAUUCUUAUUCUUUUCCCUCAAACAAAUCGCUUACCCCUGUUUUCCUUUAUCCUAAACAAACUGUUUACACCCCUGCAGGACUGUGACGCCCACCCUGAGUCACCUUUGUUGUGUAUGAUCAAUAACUUCUUGUUUAGAGAGAGAGGAGGGUGACAGCCACCUUGUCCUCUCUGGUAUCCAUCUUUUUUUUUGGUCAUUUUUGCUAUCUCUCUCUCCCCUUUUCACUUCCUCUUUCCUUUUUUUUUCUUAGUUUCACUUUCUAUUUUUCUACUCUAUUUCCACCUCUGUUCACAUGUCUAUCUCCUCUCGCGUCCUCCCCUCUUGGCUCCUCUCCUCGUCGUGAGUAUUCUGUGUGUCCGUGCUUUUUUCCGUGUUUGUAUUCUUGACAACAGGGUAAGUCAGCUGUGACUGAUAAUUCUACUGGCUUAAUGACAAGCUGAGUGCCAAACUUGAGUAGAGCUCGACAUCAAUCUGCACAUCGUUAGCUGCUCGUUUCCUUUUAUCUCACAGAGUGCUCCAUCGUCUCCGAAGGACGUGCACAUGCUAACGCACACGCAAACGCUUGCAUACAGAUACAUGCAGGGUCACGCCGAACCUUAACAAGUCCAUUCACGUGUUCUAUUUCCUGAGCAAUACAUAAUUCACCCUGUGUUCAUGUUCCAGCUUUAUACUUUUGAAACCUUUACUUCUUGUUGUCGUCGUUGUCGUUGAUGGUGUUCUGUAUAUUAAGACAUGUAUUAAAUCUAAUACAAUGUAAGCACUGUGCCACGCUACUGAAGCUUGGGUGCACACGAAACAGUCUCUCAACUACCUAGCUACGACAAUGGCAGUGUCUGUUCCCUCCCUGUUUUUCGAAUGAAUGUAUCAUCAGCCACCAACGGGUGAGCUGCAACAACAACUAAGACACUUGAAGAUGGGAACUGUAGCAUUUCUAAGGGUUAGCGUGCAUCAUUAGCAAAGACUGGCGUAGCCUGGUGUGAGUAAUGGGGUUCUGAGCUUGCAGGUGAACUCUGAACUGAAAUGGUUUAAUGUUACUUGAUGUUUUCUGAGAAGUUCAAUUGGCGCCAAGCAUUUGCAAAACAUUAGGCGGGGCUACAUAGCUUGUUAGACGAAGGUGCAGGGAAAUAAAUACUUACAGCCUUAUGCUAAUUGCUCCUGCCAUGAUUUCUGAAAGCAUGAAUAUGAAGGUGUGUAUUUUAAUCAACAUGUCGGGACGGCGCGGUCAGACAGGUGCAAAAUCAGAUCUUAGUGCGAGUGCCGUUUUGAUGUCAAAGAGAUCGUGCCUGUGUUGGAUGCUAGCGCGAAGGCGCGGUGGAUCUGAGUGAUGGUGUAUGAAAGACGCAGUAGCACCUCCUGUGAUAUUUAUUUUUAUGUCACCUUGUAAAUGCGUAACCAAGAGCUAUAGCUUUUUAAUCCAUGACCGAGCUGACACCAGCAGUUACACUCCGAUGUCAAGCACUUCGCUGAGGUGAUAGACUCAUAACCAUUAACGUUCAGUGACACGAGGCGUCGGUGGAUUUUAGCGAAACGGGCAGGAAAAGAACCGCUGGCACAAAACUGCUUUUCAGUUUGUCGAAAUGCCUGAGCCAUCUUUCCCAUAAGUCUGGUCAGCUCAUGCUGUUUGCCUAGAACUGCAUCUGAGCCAUAAAUUACUUCAGAAAACAAGAAGAGAUUUUACAUUUUUAACAUGAACUUGUUGUGAAGAGUUUGUCUGACUUUCUUUAAGAAAAAAAAAUCUAGAUAUAUAUAUAUCAUAUAUAUAUAAAUAUAAAUAUAUUUGUGGCAGUUGGUAGCAUUAGAUAAAAUUGUUGUUUAGCAUCUUGAUAUUUGGGGAUAUUGUUUCUCAUUUCAUCUCUAUUAUAAUAAAAAUAUAAAUAUUAUGUGCUUAAAAACACAUAUUCCAUCGUAUUCACUGACUACAGGGAAAUCGAUAAAUUCAAAUGAUCUUAAAAGAUCGACUGUAUUAAACCAAGCUGGAGACAGUUCAGUGCUUUGCUCAUUACAAUCAGCCACUUACACAAAUUCCAGUGAAACCAGGAAAAGCAGGAAGUGUUUGUGUGCGUUCACAUCGCAAAGCGGCUUGAGUCCGUCGCCCUAACUACAAUCAGACCUUUGGGCUCGUCCGGUUCCCCCAUUUCAUCAGAGCCGUUAGCGGUGUGAACGUAACGUUUGGACGUUUCCUCGGAAAAAUGUGCCACCGAUCUCUCCUUCUUUCCCCCUCGCUUCUUUUUCCUCAUGUCCUUCCAUUGUGUUGGUGCGUGUCGGCAGUUGUAAAGCUGGUAUGUUUUUGUUUUUGUUUGUUUUUUUAAAUAAAAAAGAAGAGUAUCUGUGGAUAUAUUUAUUUCAUUACAAAAAAAAUAGCAUAUCUAAAUAUAUAUGAUAGUAUAUUUCAAGACUCUAAGAUCUAUGUUAUAUAAGUUUGUCUACUAAAUUUACAGUAUUAUCUCAAUGAAUAUGUCUUUUUUGUCUGUUUGUCUGUCUCCUCGUCUCGAACCCCCUGCUCAGCUCCUUACCCCCCAACCCCCAGCAAAAACAGAGACCAGUAUGUAACUGUGUUUUUGCUCACUUAAAACCAACCAUCCGCCUCCAUUAGCUAUCGACCGUAGCUAACGCUAAUCAACAAAGUGACAACGUGGAGGGGUGCGCGAGUGUCUUACGACCGUGUCACUGUAGCAGUGGUGGCGUGUGUUUGUGUACCCAGAGGGGCCUUUCUUUUUUUGGUUCGGGCUACAGAUUAACGACUAAUUACAAACCUUUUAUGGAUACAGCAGCUUUUACCACCACGUUCACUCGUGCAGGGGCCGCGUUCUCGGCCCCCGCUUCGGGUUCGUUUAUACCGUAGUUGUACAGUGAGGUAAACACGAUGUAGCGAGCAGCACAGGCUUUCUCUUGCAUCUCUCAGUAGCUGUAUUACUACACGGAACAUGCACAGCUAUCCCUGCCAACCAACCAACCAACCAACCAACCUGUAUGGUAUAUAUGAGGACUUUGAUAUACGUACAUAGCGUAGUGUUGUAUCUGCCAAGCUGCUGUGCUGUAAAAAGACAAAAAAAAAAGAGAAUUCUACGCCACACAAAAACACCGUUUUCCUUUCUUAAUUUUACAAAACUGGUAAAGCUAAUACAUGACAUGUCAGGGGGUGGAGCUGAAUCUGCUCUCUAGUGUGGUUUCCACUACGGCCAAAGGCGGGCUAAUCCAGGGCUUUCUUUUUUCUUUUUGGUCAUUUUCAAACAACACUGAGUAUUUCCACUUUUUUCUUUUCUUUUUUUUUUUAUCCCCGCCAGCAACAAUAACCACACAUCCCUGAGCAGAACAUGAAAACAUCACUGCCUGAGGUCUUUCCUCUGGCCCAAACUCUGGUCAAAGAUAAAUCUGUUUUCAGCGCCCUGGAAAGCCCAGUUUUUAGCCUCCACUGGAAGCGCAUCCACAGUUUUUUGCCUGUACGCCUCUGAACAAUGUCUCAAGGCCUUGUAUUAAUUCUGCUGUAUCGACUGACUGUGUGGAAUGAUGGCUGGUUGUGCUGCACUUUAUUGUCACCGACCCCCCCACACACACACACUCAUACGCCUUCACAUUCACACACAAACAUGUGGACACACAUUCAGCUGCGGUUUGACGCCGCCACCGGUUUCGCUUCGGCCACAUCUGCUUCAAGUGGGGACAAUGACAAUACUGUGCUGUACUGCAAGCGAGACAAAAAUAAUUAAAAAAAAGAUGAUUUUAA